CGUAGAGUGGCGCGUCUGAGUUGGCUGCGCAGCGACGCUUUCACUUUGCAAGCCGCGCUUCCUUACGCACCAAUUUCGCACACCAGCAUGGCGUUUCCGUCGCUCUCGCUCGCCAGCUUCAAGAGCACGCCGUCCUUCAACGAGGUCGUCCACAACGUCGACAAGCUCCGUCGCGCGCUGAGCACGCCGAUCGAGGACGCGCGCGUCUCGGCGCUCGAUAAGGUCUCGAUCCUCUCCAACUACUACACAUCGCCCGCGCCGCUGUGCCCGCAGACGCCGCCGGCCUACCAGACCCGCCACACCUUCUAAGCACGCGUCGUCCUCGUCCUCAGUGUUAUUUAUCGUCGGCUAUGCCCGUGCAGACGCGCGUACCCGAGUCGUAUAACGUUAACGGUUCCUGUCUUGUGUUGAGCAAUGCUUGCACCCAACAUUAGACUUUGCCGACCGCCGCCAACCGAGGUCUCUGCCACCGCCCUGCAACCGACCUUCAACAAGC